UGAACAGUCAUCACGGCAUAGACAAGCGUCAUUAUUGUUUGACGUUUGUAUUUCCAAUUUUGCUUUUCAUCGUACGCUAAGCGUACAAUAUUGUGAAUAUCGGUGAUAUUAUCAAUUAAGAACUCUUCUUAACAAUGUUCAGAAACCAGUAUGACAGUGAUGUCACAGUCUGGAGUCCCCAGGGCCGUAUCCACCAGGUGGAAUACGCUAUGGAAGCCGUCAAGCUAGGUUCGGCGACUGUAGCCCUGAAGAAUAAGGAGUUUGCAGUAUUGAUAGCUUUAAAACGGGCUGUCAGUGAGUUAUCGGCAUAUCAGAAGAAGAUUAUUCCUAUUGAUGAGCAUAUUGGGAUUUCUAUCUCAGGAUUAACUGCUGAUGCUAGAAUGUUAAGCCGCUACAUGCGCACAGAGUGCCUAAACUACCGCUACUCCCACGACUCUCCGAUGCCCGUGGGCCGCCUCAUAUCCAUGGUUGGCAACAAGAUGCAGAUCUGCACGCAGCGGUACGACAAGCGGCCGCUCGGGGUCGGCUUGCUGGUUGCUGGUUAUGAUGACCAAGGCCCGCACAUCUACCAGACCUGCCCAUCUGCUCUCUACUUCGACUGCCGCGCCAUGGCCAUCGGCGCGCGCUCGCAGUCCGCCAGGACAUACCUCGAGAAACACCUCAACGCCUUCCAGGAUUGUGACCUUCAUGAGCUGGUAGCUCACGGCUUGAGGGCUCUGAGAGACACGCUGCCCAAUGAAGUGGAUCUUAAUACCAAGAACGUCUCCAUCGCCAUCGUGGGUCCCAAGACCCCGCUGCGCAUCAGCGACUCGGCCGAGCUCGCGCAGCUGCUGGCGCUCGUGGAGGGCGAGGAGCGGCGCGGGGGGGGCGCGGCCGCCACCGGCGACGCGGGGCCGGCCGCGCCGCCCGAGGGGGAGGGGGACGACAAGGACAGGGAGCCGCAGCCCGCGGUGGCGAUGGACACAGAAUAAGCGCCAGCGAACGGCUUCGGCCGGCUGAUCUCAGUGACCCAGUGGACACAGUGAUUUACAAGACCUCGAUGUCCAUCUGUCCCUCGGUCCCGACCGUAGCCUUCCUUCCUCCCGCCCGUUGGACACAGAAAGACCUGCCUUGGCCAGUGUUCGAGGUUGCUUGUUAACUGGUACUUUUGAACUAAUAGCAACACUUUAAAUGACCAGGCCGCUUAGCCAACGUGCCAAUCGUUAACGCUCCGUGGCGUAGCGUAGUCAUCUCUCUAUCACUCUUUCAUAUUAGUGCGACAGUGACAGUUGCGUUUCUUUCGCUACGGAGCGUCAACGAUUGGCAUGUUGGCUACGCAGCCAGUGGUCUUUAACAUCGUUAUUGCAUCGACAUGAGGUAUUGAGGUAUUAAUGUAUCCCUUAAGUCAUUGCAAUAGGGCUUACGAUGGUACACUGACAAGAAACAAUUUUUUUCUAUGCAGAGCCCGAGAGGGGCCGAAAGGAUUUUAACCAAGUAUAUUUAAGGUCAGAGAAAAGAAAUACUAGUCAGAUUUAGCCAAUUUGAAAUGUUUUUUGAGUAAAAAUUUAUUUCUAAUAAGUGUGAAAAGGCACCAUCACUGAAACUAUAGUCUGUAUCUUAUGACUAUUUGAUCAUGUAAUGUUUUCAACUACCCUCAACUAGCUUAAGGAGCCAUUUGAACUCUCAAAUUUUGUUUACUUUUAUUUAAAUACCUAAAGAUACAGAGUAUAGGUCUAAAUCUGAUAAUGAUUUGAAAUGUUAGCAUCUUAAUCUGAUUAUAGGAAUACACCGUUAAUUUUUCCUUUGUGUUCCUUCUGGUCACUGUCUAUAGAAUACCCAAUAAAAUUCGAAGUAUAACCAUAAUGAGUUUCCAAAAUACUGGAACUACCAGUAACUUAAUUUGUUGAGCACUGGCCAAGGCAAAACGAAAGUAAAAAUUGUAUUUUGCAUUUUUAUUAAGUAUCUAUUGUUUAUUUCUGUGUAAAAUAAAGCGCAUAUCUUUAUAA